CAAGGCUGUAUUUACUGGAGAGUUCCUAUCUCUGAGUUUAUCCACUUUCUGCACAAUUGCAAUUGCGCCACUGGAGGCUAACGUCAGAUAUGAGAUUUCUACGUUUCUCGAUGCCAUCUCUUCACUGAACCGCGCCAUAUCGCACCCAAUUCCAGUACAAUAACCCAUUUUAAUUCUGCUUUGCUUCACGAUUCUUUGGCCGGAAUGGAUCCUUCUUCGCCGGAGAAGCUCAUACUCGUUGACCGAGAGCCAAACGGGAUCGCAUUUGUUACUAUUAACCGUCCCAAGUCGCUGAAUUCGUUAACCAGACCCAUGAUUGUAGAUUUGGCCCACGCGAUUAAGAGCUUGGACCGCGACCAGUCGGUGCGGGUCAUCGUGCUCUCGGGAUCAGGGCGAGCCUUCUGUUCCGGUGUAGACCUUAGUGCGGCGGAGGAGGUGUUCAAGGGGGAUGUGAAGGACGUUGAAUCCGAUCCGGUUCUGCAAAUGGAACGCUGCCGGAAGCCGAUCAUCGGAGCGAUUGCGGGGUUCGCGAUCACCGCUGGGUUCGAGAUCGCUCUGGCUUGCGACAUACUUAUCGCUGCCAAAGGGGCUAAGUUCAUCGACACUCAUGCUAGAUUUGGGAUAUUUCCUUCGUGGGGAUUGUCUCAGAAGCUCUCACGGAUCAUUGGAGUUAACAAAGCUCGUGAAGUAUCCCUAACGGCGAUGCCUCUAACUGCAGAGGAAGCAGAGAGGAGGGGUUUGGUGAAUCACGUGGUGGAAGGAGGUGAGUUGUUGAAGAAAGCUCGAGAAGUGGCGGAGGCCAUCUUAAAGAACAAUCAGGACAUGGUGUUGAGGUACAAGUCGGUCAUUAACGAUGGCCUUCAGCUGGACCUUGGCCACGCUCUUGCGCUGGAAAAGGAGAGAGGGCAUGCGUAUUACAAUGGAAUGACAAAAGAGCAGUUCAAGAAAAUGCAGGAAUUUAUAGCUGGUCGGAGCUCCAAGAAACCUUCAAAGUUAUAGUCUAAACUAAACGACGAGUUUCCUGUCUCUGUUUCUACAGUUGUGCCAAUAAUAUGGCAAAAACUUGCCUCCUCACCGGUCAGUAGUUUCCCUUCCUCCUUAAAUUUGUUUAUAUAUGUAAUAUGUAAUUUGAUUUCAGUGGAUCAAAAGCAUCUGUGCAAUUGAUAUACUUAUAGAAAUAGAUAAAGUAGAAAAUAGACAGGUGUUUGGGCAAUAAAGUUGGAUUUUUGGUGGAA